AUGAACCUAAUUAUAGCAGUCCUAGCAAUUGCAGUCACCCUAUCCUGCAUCCUAGCAGUCGUUGCAUUCUGGCUACCACAAAUAAAUCCUGACUCCGAAAAACUCUCCCCCUACGAGUGCGGCUUUGACCCCCUCGGAUCUGCCCGCCUUCCUUUUUCACUGCGAUUUUUCUUAGUGGCAAUCUUAUUCCUCUUAUUUGACUUAGAAAUUGCACUAUUACUUCCCCUACCAUGGGGAGAUCAACUAGCCUCUCCCACCGCCGCCCUACUAUGAGCAACAACCAUUUUAAUCCUAUUAACCCUAGGCCUCAUUUAUGAAUGAACCCAAGGAGGGCUUGAAUGGGCCGAAU